UGAGUUAAGAGGCAAUCCCACCGUGAAUUCUCCAAUCUAAGCGCCGUCUUUAGUUCUCGUCUUGACGGAAGUAGGUGGUGCUUCCUCUUCUCCGCUUUCUCUCCCUCGCACUCGAGCUAGACAGAGAGAAGAGGAGAGAGAAUCAUGUCGAAGAAGAAGGCUUUCACGGGCAACACUAUGACCCUCAAGGACUUCCAUGGCGGUUCCAUCCCAUCUGAUCUGCCACUUCCGUCUGCUCCUGGUGUAACUAUUAGGCCUGUGGAUCGUUCCGGUUAUGACCGAUCAGGAUCUUGGGGGAACUCGAUGGGGAUGGGCCGGCCUGAUCAUCGUGCCCGGCCUCACUCAUCUCCAGCUACGAGGCAUUUCGAUGAUAAAUCCCCGUUUCUUACUCAUACAGCGCAGAUUGGUCGUAAUUUUGAUGAAGAUGAACGUAAACCCUUGGAUGGAGGUUCGGCCCCCAGGAGAACAGUUAGUGAUGACAGCUUUCGUGUCCCACAGACUCGUACAGAGCUGAGACCAGAACCUGCGCCAACCAGUGGUGUUACUCCUUGGCAGGGGAUGGGUCCGGUUGUGCAGGGUGGAGCAGUGAGUUCUUACUCUGUUAGAGUUACUGAGGCUGCGCAUGUGGGGAUGAAUCAACAGAAUGUGGGGGCUAAUAUUGGGCAGAGCGUCGGUGGGCCUCAUCAAAAUGUUUGGGCGGCGAGGAAGGAGGCCAUGGGUGUUCCUGAUUCACUGCAAUCAACCUGGACUGGGCAGAGUGCUGCUCAGAAGUUGGCGCAUGCCAGUGCGCUUGAGAAAGUCUCAUCAGGAAGAUGGCAGUCGAAAAAUACUAUUCCUUGUCCGGUGGAGAUUGAUACAGUUGAGCAUUUGGAGACAGAUAGUGGCUUACUCUCCAAGGGUUAUGAUGAUAAUAUGUACAAUAGGGUGGAUGUGGUUGGAGGAUCAGAGUAUGCUGAUGCGAUGUUUGCAAGGCAAAUGGAGUGGGGCCUGAGUACUGAUCAUGAGGUCCAGGUUGCUAGAAAGGACUUUCUGGAUCAUGAAAGGGUCAGGUCUCCAUUGGCUUCAGAAGUACAAGUCAAGAAAUCAUUAGGUUAUGCUGAUGGUUCUCAUCCACCAUGUAACAAUAGCAAAUAUGGUGCCUCUGAUGUGCAAUCUCCGGUGCCUUCUGAAGUUUUGCAACGUCCUAUACUGAAGUUGCUUCCAAGAACGAAGCCAUUGGAGAGUGGCGGACCUCCUGCUGUUGAUCAAAAGCAGGGUUACCAACAGCCUAUCAGUCCUGCUCAAGGUCACACUGAAACUGCUAACAUAUUUCACGGAAUCAAAAAUCCUGUAAAACCUGGUUUAGCCGUCUCAGUGGGUGUAAAGCAAGCAGCAGAACGCCCAAAAUUAAAUCUAAGGCCACGAUCACAGCCUCAACAAGGAGAAGGGAGUGAUGAACGGGAAAGGAGGGCCUUGUUUGGUGGUGCUCGUCCAAGAGAACAAGUUCUCAAGGAGCGAGGGUUGGAUGAUGUGGCUAUCACCAGACCUGAUAUUUUGGGUCAACAUUCUGAUGGCAGUAAACAUAGCAUUCUCAAGACUGAAAGGGGUCCUGAGCAUACCGUUUCUAUAAGCCAUAGUGAAAGAACUGAUAAUGCUACUCAUCAUCUGAGAGCAGGGAAGAAAUCUGACAGGAAGGAUUACAGUGCAGAUGUUGAAAGAGGUGGUGACAUGCAGAGGAAGAAUUAUGGUGCGGAUGUUGAAAAAGGUGUUACACAGAGGAAGAACUGGCGUAAUGAGAACCGUACUAAUAAUGAGAGGCGACAGCAGCAGCAAUUGCCGCAGGAGAGGCAGCCUUCUCCAGAAACUUGGCGAAAGCCUGUUGAGGGACCAAAAUCAACCUCUGAUGCAGUCGGUGUGCGCCAUGGAAAAGCAGCUUCAGCUGUGGAGCUUGCCCAAGUAUUUUCAAGAUCAUUUUCAGAUCCAAAUGUAGCUGAUCCGUAUUCUAGUCAAAGGGGCCUCCCAGGCAAUACCCAAAUGCCUUUUUCAAGACUUAUGGACCCAACAGCAAGACCUAAGAUCAAUGGCUACUAGGUUUGAAUACUUCUUUGCACAAAGGUGUUUGCAACUUGGUGGUAAGAAGAUCGUCUCUAUUAUUUAGAACCCACAGCUGGGAAGCAUAGAGGGCCCCGACUUCCAACGCACUGAUUUUUCAGGCAAACUAUGGCCGUACAAAGGGAUUGUGAUGUCCACGUUGAGUGGGGCCUCCUUAUUAACAAUGUUUCUUUACUUGACAAUUAUAUGGUUCCUCAUUUUUUUUAGAGGACAAUUGAUUUGUUGUGUCCUAAUAAUCUGCAAAAUAUUUCUUUCUA